AUGGUUAUAGUUAAUGGUGUUGUCAACAAUGGUCAUAACAGCAAUGCGCAAGUUAUAGGAAGUGGUUUUAGUAUUAUGAGCCUACAAUAUGGUAGUCCCCAAGAGAUUAUUGCAAAACAUAAAUUAUUUUCUCCUUUUAUUUUUUUUUACAUUACUCUAGUGUAUGUUGUAAAUUCCUUCAGGAAGGCGUAUGAUUGGUCUGCAAUACCUGAGAAUAAAAAUAAGUUCAGUAUUGAAGAUGUUUUUAGUGGUAAAACACACAUAACAGACUACGCACAUAAAUUGUGGAAGGGAAAUGGGUUAAUAUCUGGUUUAAAUAAGCAAAAGGAAAUUCAGCAAUAUCAUACAUCCCAGAAUUCCGCUUAUGGAAGGCCUCCUAGUUACGGUGCAACAAAUUUCCCAUCCCCUACGAGAAAUAGUCUAGUGCCUUACGCAGGAGAUUAUAAACUGAACGUAAGUUCAGACGAUGACUCAGAUGACGAUUCAGAUGAUGAGGCUUAUGAGAUUUAUGCUUAUGAAGAUGAUGAUGAUGACGAUGAUGAAGACAAUGAUAUCAAUAAAAAUAAUUAUCUUAAUAAUAAUGAUGAUGAUGAUGAUGAUGAUAAAGAUGAAAAAUAUAAAAAAAUGCGUGAACAGAUGAAAAAGGAAGUAAGAAAAGAAUUAAAAAAUAAAUUAAAAAGAGAAAUAAAAAAAGAAUUUAAGAAAAAUUUUAAAAAAGAAAUUACACAAAUUGUAAAAGAUACCAUAGGAGCUACAGAGCCAUCAAUUCAUUCAAUUUUUCCAAAAAAAAGCAACAUAGAUGACAGACAGCUGUUGGAAAAUAUUUUACAUGGUAGGAAAAAUAAAAACAAGGAAGAAGAAGAAGGAGAAGAAGACGAUAUCGAAAAUGGCGGUGCAAAUGACAACAUGCAGGGGUUAGAAAAAUAUUUGAAGUUGGCUAAACUACAGAAUAAAUGUAAAGAAAAUGAAAAAAAAGAACAAGAUACAGUACAAGAGCUAAAAGAUGUACAAGAACAGAUAAAGAAAAUUGAAAAACAACUUGAAGUGUUGAAAGAAGAACAAAAUAAAAAUGAAUCUGCUAAUAGAGAAGAACAAAAUGAAUAUAUGACAAUCCAAGAUAAAUAUAAACAACAACAAGAAAAAGCUAUCCAUCAAAUAUUACAUAAAGAACUCAACAGAAUGCACACUACAAAAAAACAACAAGAACAACAACUUACAGAACAGUUACAAGGUAUUCAAAAAAAAUUGCAAUUCUUUCGGGACAAACUAGAAAAGACGUUUCAGCAAGUAAAAAAUGGAGGAACGGGAGAAGAAGUAAAACUUCCAGAUACAGGAGUUAUAAUAAUUCCAGAGAUAAAACGCAUGGAACAAAAGAUUAAUUGUUAA